GUCAUAUGUCGGUAUAUAAAAAAUUUUAAUUGAUGGAUCGGAUUAAAAUUGUAAUGAAAAAUUAAGCGUUACAAUAAUGGUUCAGUUUUGUAUAUUUAAUUCGUCCUCUUUUAUUCAAACCAUCCUCACAACUUUGCCGCCAAUUGAAUUCAUAUUUAAAUCUCCUUUUUUUUGAAAUCGUUAUUUUAAUAAUAAUAAUUAUUAUUACGAGUCAUGUAUUUUUUUUUAUACUCAAACAAUGGAAAAAGACAAAGUAAAGACGUUUAAUAGUGUAAUCCAAGCGAUUAAUAAUUUAAAUCAACAGUCAAGUUGUGUCGGCAAAAGAAUAUUGAAGUACAUUUCAUCCCGGCUCAGUAUUGACGAAGAAUUAAUUAAGCGACCGUUAUCGGAAAUUCUCAAAGCUUACGAGGAGUUUGGGAUUCUUGAACGAGAUCAUAAGGGGAAGUACAAGUUGAAUGACAUUGGAUCUCCAUCAGUGGGUCUCGGCAGUCGUCCCCCAGGCUGUAACUGCCCAGAUUGCGUUGGUAAAUGUGGGUACUGUCCGACUCGGACCGGCAAAGUGGCUAAAAGAAAAUCCGGUAAAAAAAAAUGCUCCCACUGUGGCAGGGGUCGUUGGUUGGCUGAACAAAGACGUAAAAGAAAGAGGAAACGAUUAGAGAGAAAGAAAAAUAAAAAUAAACGUAUCGAAAGACGCAGUCGGAAAUGAAACUGCCAGCAUUAAUUCAAUUACUAAAUAAAUUUCAUAAAUUUCUUAAACUCACAGCUAUAAAUUUUUUUUUUUAAGAUAAAAUUAAAUUUUGUAUGUAUGUGCGAUAAAUAAAAAUUUUUAGUGGUCUAAGUUAUCAAAAGUUUGUUCGUUUAAGUAGAUAGAGCACGUUUAAUGCGAAAUACUAGGUCAACCGCUGAGAAAAGUACUCGCUGAGAACACCCUAUUGUCUGGUAGCACGUUUUGGAACCCGUUGAGAAGAGAUAAAUGUUUUAUGAAGAGGGAAUCUUCUUCCCUGAGAGCUAGCACAAAUAUAUAUACGUAUAUAGACUAACAUCCAGGACAUAUAUUAAGUUUCUUCCCCGUAGCAACGUGUCAAUUAUCUGAAUAACGUAAUUUA